AUGUCCACUAUCCAGAACCUCCAAUCUUUCGACCCCUUUGCUGAUGCAACUAAGGGUGACAACUUACUAUCAGCAGGGACUGAGGUUUACAUUCAUUUAAGAAUCCAGCAACGGAACGGCAGAAAGACUCUGAUGACUGUUCAGGGCAUUGCAGAUGAUUAUGAUAAAAAGAAACUUGUGAAAGCUUUCAAAAUGAAAUUUGCCUGUAAUGGUACUGUGAUCGAACAUUCUGAGUACGGAGAGGUUAUUCAGCUUCAAGAUGACCAGAGGAAAAAUAUUUGCCAGUUUCUUUUGGAGGUUGGCAUUGUGAAGGAGGAACAGCUUAAGGUUCAGGGAUUCUAAAAUGAACCUAAAAACCUGGAGAAUUUAAGCAAUUUUGUUCUCUAAACACAGUUUGGCUGCCUUGUGAAAUGAUCCUCUUCGGUAAAUGGACUUUUCAUGUAUUUAAUGAUUCAAACUUCCAUUCAUGUCUGCAUGAUUGCAGAAAACAUGGGGUAUGUAGGCUAGUCACACAUCAGAAAAUCGCAGUAAGAUGGUAACAAAACCCCGUAUUCAUCUUAACAUGUUUCCAAUAGAAAAUAUUUUGGUUCUGGAGUGUUUAUUUGUUUAUUGUUCAGUUUAUUACUUUUCACUCAAUUAAAUGGUUUUUGUUGUAUUAAACCAUGUAUGUUGCAGCUUAACAA